UCCUAUUCAAAAAUCGAAGCGAGAGAGAGAGAGAGUAAAAAUCUCGCCUUGUUCUUCGUCAAGCCCUCGUCCUCGUCCUCCUUUUGCCACUCCUUUUUCCAUGUAAGAUUAGCGCUGGGGUUCUGUGCGACCUCGACGGCCUACUUAUCCGCUCUCUAAGGUUUCCGACGUGUUGCCGGCCGGCCAGCGCCGAUGAACCUCCGCCGGAGAAUCCACGCCGGAACCCUCGCCGCUUCCUUCGUCUUCCUGCUCUUGGCCGUGAUCUACUUCCGCGGCUGCGGCGCCGAGCUGGACGCCCGUGGGGCGGAGAGAUCCGCGCUUCUUCAGUUCAAGCGCUCCGUCUCGGCCGACCCCGCCGAGCUACUCCGUGGCUGGAAUAGCUCCGUGGACCACUGCUUCUGGCCCGGCGUCGCGUGCGACGGCCGGUACCGGGUCGUGUCCGUCAACAUCUCCGCGAAAGGCGGAUCCUUUCCGCUCCCCUGCGCUCGAUUUGGCCCGUAUCGGCGGAGCUGCGGUGACCCUGGUCGGAGGCUAGCUGGAAGGCUGAGCGCCGCUGUCGGGAGCCUCUCCGAGCUCAGGGUGCUCUCUUUGCCGUUCCAUGGCUUUGAUGGCGAGAUCCCGGUCGGGAUCUGGGGGUUGGAGAAUCUGCAAGUGCUUGAUCUCGAAGGUAACUCGAUUUCGGGUAGCCUGCCCUCGCGUCUCCCUCGCUGGUUGCGUGUGCUAAAUCUGGCUUCCAAUUCGAUCGAAGGUGAGAUCCGGCCCUCGCUCUCGAGAUGUAUCGACUUAGAAACCCUAGACCUCUCUGGCAACCAGAUCAAUGGAACGAUUCCGAAAUUUCUUGGUGGCUUAUGUAAACUUAGAGAGCUGUAUCUCUCUUUUAAUCGGCUUGGUGGGUCGAUUCCUGAUGAGAUUGGAUACGGGUGCCGGAGUCUCCAGAUACUUGACUUGGCUGGAAAUCUAUUGGUCGGUAGCAUUCCGUCCAAUUUAGGCAGCUGCACUGAGCUGCAAGUUCUGUUGCUGUUUUCCAACCUUUUGGAUGGAUAUAUUCCUUCUGAUCUUGGGCGAUUGAACAAGCUGCAAGUUAUGGAUGUGUCAAGGAACAGUCUGAGCGGAACCGUACCUGCGGAGCUAGGGAACUGCUUAGAAUUAUCCGUCAUUGUUCUUCUGAAUCUAUAUGAACCGGUGCUGCAGGAAGCAGCUUCUAAUUCUGUUGAUAUGGAUGAAUUCAAUUAUUUCCAAGGUAGACUUGCUGAAAACAUCACUGCUCUGCCGAAGCUUAGGGUGCUUUGGGCCCCAAGGGCAAUGUUUGAAGGCGAGAUUCCUGGAAAUUGGGGUACUUGUGAGAGCUUAGAAAUGCUUAAUUUGGGCCAGAAUCUUUUCACAGGGCAGAUACCUAAAGUGUUCGGCCAGUGCAAAAAUCUUAGGUUUCUUAAUCUGAGCUCAAACAGCUUGACGGGUUGGCUUGACAAGGAGCUUCCUGUGCCUUGUAUGGACGUCUUUGAUAUCAGUGGGAAUCGAUUGUCUGCCUCGAUCCCAAGGUUUACUUACAAAGAAUGCCCUUCAUCUCAGUUCCCGUUAGAUGACGUGUCCUUAGCUUACACUUCAUUCUUUGCUUAUAAGAGUCGCACAGGAGUUGACUUCCCUAUUCUUGAAACCGAUGGUGAAUUUCUUAUAUAUCAUAAUUUUGGAAAGAAUGAUUUUAAAGGUACUCUGCCUUUUUUACCAUUGGCCUCUCAUAGGUAUGGUAACCAGACUGUUUAUGCAUUUAUAGCUAAUGGGAACCAUCUCUUUGGAUCACUGAAUGCUUUAAUUUUAGAGAAGUGCAACAAAGUGAACCGUCUGAUCAUGGACUUAAGCAGCAACAUGGUACAUGGGGUGGUGUCAUCAGAAGUAGGUGCAGUGUGCAGUUCUCUUGUUGUUCUGGAUGUAUCUAAUAAUCAGAUUUCAGGAACAAUCCCAGCAAGUUUUGGGUUAUUGUGGAAGCUUGUUAAUCUGGAUUUGAGUAGGAAUUGGCUGCAGGGCAAGAUACCUGACAGUAUUAAGCAGUUAAAAAGCUUGACUUAUCUCUCAUUAGCGAGUAACAAUUUAAGUGGUCACAUUCCUUUUGGCAUGGAUCAGUUGCAAUCUCUCAAGGUUCUGGAUCUCUCAUCAAAUUCCCUCACUGGUUAUAUUCCUAGUGAUCUCGUGAAGAUGACUAAUCUCACUGCUCUUUUACUCAACGACAACAAGCUCUCUGGGAGUAUUCCUUCUGCUCUUGCUAAUAAGACAUCACUCAUUAAGUUCAACAUUUCAGUCAACAAUUUGUCUGGACCAUUGCCUUUGAAUGCCAGUACACUGAGAUGUGACAGUGUCUUUGGGAACCCUUUACUCCAGCCCUGUCAUACAUACUCUCUCUCUGUUCCAUCAUCUGAUCUGCAAGGGAGUAGCCAGAGCCCGCAAGCAUAUACUGACUCACCACCAGGUAGCACUCCAAAUGAUAGCGGCAAUAGUGGCUUUAGUUCUAUUGAAAUUGCUUCAAUUGCUUCAGCAGCAGCCAUAGUGUCAGUCCUCCUAUCUUUGAUAGUCCUUUAUAUUUACACAAGGAAGUGUGCACCUAGGUCCUCUGUUAGGUCGUCUGGAAGAAAAGAAGUGGCCAUUUUUGUUGAUAUUGGGGUUCCACUGACUUAUGAGAGUGUUGCACGAGCCACCGGGGGUUUUAAUGCGAGCAACUGCAUUGGAAGUGGAGGCUUUGGGGCCACAUACAAGGCUGAGAUUUCACCAGGUGUGCUGGUGGCUAUAAAGAGACUUGCAGUAGGAAGGUUCCAAGGUGUUCAACAGUUCCAUGCAGAGAUCAAGACACUUGGAAGAUGGCGGCAUCCUAAUCUCGUGACUUUAAUAGGUUACCAUGUUAGUGACUCUGAGAUGUUUCUGAUAUAUAAUUAUCUUCCAGGAGGUAAUUUGGAGAGAUUUAUACAAGAAAGGUCGAGAAGACCUGUGGAUUGGAGGAUGCUUCACAAGAUUGCUCUAGACAUUGCAUGUGCACUUGCUUAUCUGCAUGAACAAUGUGUUCCCCGUAUCCUCCACCGGGAUGUUAAGCCUAGCAAUAUAUUAUUGGACAAUGAAUUCAAUGCCUAUCUCUCUGAUUUUGGAUUGGCUAGGCUUCUAGGGAAUUCUGAGACCCAUGCAACCACUGGUGUGGCUGGGACAUUUGGUUAUGUCGCUCCUGAGUAUGCCAUGACAUGUCGUGUUUCUGAUAAAGCAGAUGUAUAUAGCUACGGUGUGGUGCUUUUGGAAUUAAUUUCAGACAAGAAAGCACUGGAUCCAUCCUUCUCUCCAUAUGGGAAUGGUUUCAACAUUGUUACUUGGGCAUGCAUGCUGCUGCAAAAAGGCCGGGCUCGUGAAUUUUUCACUGAUGGGCUGUGGGAUGUGGCUCCACAUGAUGAUUUAGUGGAGACUUUACACUUGGGUGUCAAGUGUACUGUUGAUUCGCUUUCUAUUAGGCCCACAAUGAAGCAAGUUGUUAAACUGUUGAAGGAACUCCAACCUCCACAUUUUGGGCUUGGUUGACAUGUUCACGUCGAGAGGUGAUGUGAUACAUUACUCAUGAACCCUCCCAGUGCAGAAAUAAUGGAACUAUUUUAAGGGUGCAACUCCUUGGAGUUUUGUCCAACUAAACAGGAGUGGAUUAAGAUGAUUGGACUGAAAUUGAGAAGAGAAAUGGUGAAAGCCUGGUGCCCUAGAAGGUGGAUGGAGAUACUAAAACAGUCAGCUUUCGGCACAAGGUAGAAUGAGAUUUGUUUAGAUGUAGAUUAUCAAAGGGAGGAAAGCACGGUUACGAUAAUACGUUACAUCUUGCAUUCUUGGUUCUCCUGAUAUGAUGUUUUGAUCUCCUGGUACCAACGUUGAAUGGGGAACUUCUCCAGCACCAUGUUCCUUUUCAGUGAAUCCAGUUAGAAUUGGAAGUCUUGGCUUAUUACGGAAUUCUGGAUUUACUGUGCAGAUGGUUGUUCUUCAUCAAGCCCUGAUGAUGCAGUGGUUGUUGAUGGAAAUAUGGCUCACUGAAGACCGAAAUCAUCUUUAUUCAUGUAAGAAAACCUCAUUGUGUUAAAGGUGUUAAUUUUUCUUUAUAACCAUUUUGAUCUGGCAGGAGCAGCAAUCUGUAGAUCUAAGUGGCACAGCUGGAUCAUACUACUACUGUCAACUUGUGUUACUUAAGAUUCAUAAUUGACGGUAUCUCCGUAAAACAGCUUCUACAUAAUUUGUGAUUCA